GGCUGUUUGGGAGUAGCCCACAGGAAAGUGGAGAAUCUCCCUCGGCGUGGCCCCUGGUUUUUUUCACCCAGGCUCGUUGUCUCAGCCAAACUACCCAAAUCCCUCCCCUUUUUAUACUCCCAUAUCUCCAUCACCCCUCCACAGGAAUUCCCCUGCUUCCAAUUCCUGUGAGUAGAAUUCUACCCGUAUAAAGCCAUCAAAUCCCAUCGGCUCUCCUCUUGCACAAAAUCCCAUCUUUUUUCCCAACAAUUCUGGUCUUUUCCGAUACUUGAGGGGUUGGCGGGGCGAGUCGGGCCGAUCUUGAUGGGGGUUGACAGGAGGUUGGCCGACAGGAAGGGGAAGGAGGAGGCGGCGGCGAUGGAGAAGAGCAAGUCGGCGAAGAAGAGCAAGCGGCGGCAGAAGAAGUCGCCGCCGAUGCCGACUGUCGUCCAGAGGCUGUUCGAUACCUGCAAGGAGAUCUUCGCCAAUUGUGGAGCCGACGUCGUCCCGGCUCCGGAGGACAUCGAGCGCCUUCGAGCCAUUCUUGAUGUUAUGAAACCAGAAGAUGUUGGUCUGAAUCCAAACCUGCAGUAUUUUCACAAUGUUGUGUCUGAAGGGCCUCCUGUGAUAACAUACUUACCCCUUUAUGAGUGUCCCAAGUUCUCGAUAUGUAUCUUCUGCAUGCCUAAGUCUGCUGUCAUCCCACUGCAUAAUCACCCAGGAAUGACUGUCUUUAGCAAGAUUCUUUUUGGGUCAAUGCACAUCAAGUCGUAUGAUUGGGUUAAUAAUCCUCAGAACUCGAACGAGACAGUUAGAAAUGCUGAUGGUGCGCGGCUAGCCAAGGUUAUUACCGAUGAUGUUUUCAAGGUGCCAUGCAAGACAUCCAUACUAUAUCCAGCUGCUGGAGGCAACAUGCAUCGUUUUACUGCAGUGACCUCUUGUGCAGUGCUGGAUGUGCUUGGCCCACCUUACACUAAAUCUGAAGGAAGAGAUUGUGCAUAUUAUAAUGACCUCCCAUAUUUGAGUUCCUCUGGCGAUGCGGUUUUGGCGGCCGGUGAGCAUGAGAGGCAUGCUUGGCUGAAAGAGAGGGUGGGAAAACCUGAUGACUGCUUUGUUCUGGCUGCUGAGUACAAGGGCCCAAAAAUUGUGGACCACUGAAUUACCAUCUGAAAGCACAGCACUUCUGCUGGUUGGGUGUAGAUACACAAAAAAGAGAAUGGAAAGGGAUAAGGGAAAGGUUCUGGGUGGCUUGCGCACACCUCACAGCAAUUUUCUGUUUUAUUAGAUUAGCUUUGCUUAGUUAGGGUUUUAAGCUUUUACUUAUGACUGUGGUGUUGAUAAUUUGAUACAUGGAAAAAUAUAAUUCUGAAUGAUGUAAGACUCAGAUUUUUAUCUGAAUUCAUUUUUUUUUUCCUCCUCC